CUUCUUUCUGGGUUUUGACGUCCUUAAUUUCCCUCUAAUUUUGAACUGUAAAGCUUCAGCAUUCUUUCCCAUGGUGUCCCGUCUGUGAUUCUUCUCCUAAGCCCCAUUCCGUUCCCCUCUUCUUCUCCCAUGCUCACCAAGUGUUCGUAGAAAUUCCCAUGAGAGUAGCUCUGCAGGGAUUUAGCAGAUACCCUUCUAAUUUUCCUGGAUUUAUUGGCAUAUCGUUAUUUGAUGUCAAGCACAAGCAGCCACAUGGGGCUGCGUUUUUUGUCCACUCUUUCCCACCCACGGAAGAAUCUGCUGAUGGGGUUCUCGUCUCUGUCCCCAACUACUGCAAUUGCUAAGAUGAGAACCAUCAGAACUGCUCCCUCUUGUAGGUGGGUUGGUUGUCAAUUGAACUCUAAUGAUUCCAGCAGCAAGAGGAGCCAGUUAGGAACAGUUUACUCCACUAAUUCAAACGGGAAAUUUAGCAAUAAGCAGUUUAUUAGUGUUGAUCCACGGCUUUAUGAGUACAUUCUCUCCAAUGUUCGAGAGCCUGAGAUCCUAGGGCAACUUCGUGAGGAGACUGCCUCAAUGCAUGGUAGUCAAAUGCAGGUAUCUCCUGAUCAAGCACAACUACUUGCAAUGCUUGUUCAGAUUCUUGGUGCAAAGAGGUGCAUUGAAGUGGGUGUUUACACUGGAUAUUCAUCCUUGGCCGUAGCAUUAGUCCUGCCAGAAUCAGGUCGUUUAGUUGCAUGUGAAAGAGAUGCCAAAUGUCUCGAGGUUGCGAAACGAUUUUAUGAUCGUGCCGGUGUUUCACACAAAGUGGAUGUGAGACAUGGGCUUGCAGAAGAUACACUCAAAUCACUUAUUGCAAAUGGUGAAGCUUGCAGCUAUGAUUUUGCCUUCAUUGAUGCCGAGAAGAGGAUGUACGAGAAAUACUUCGAGCUGUUACUCCAACUAGUGAGGGUUGGAGGUUUAAUUGUGAUUGACAAUGUCCUCUGGUUUGGAAAAGUAGCUGAUCCGAUGGUAAAUGAUCAGAAGACCGAGAGCAUUCGGAGACUGAAUAAAAAGAUAAUGGAAGACGAUCGAGUCGGGAUCAGUAUGGUACCAAUUGGAGAUGGCAUGACAAUUUGUCAAAAGAGAUGAAUUAAUGGUGCUUGGAAGAACGAUUCAAAUGUCUAAAACUUUGAAUUAUUGGGGAUGGCCACAUUAGGUGCUUUUAUGGAUUCGAACCUCUAAUAUUUUGGACGAAGAUAUAUAUGUUUGAUCUAUGUUCAGAUUGCCACUAAAAAUUGUUUCAGCUCUGAUUUUUAUUAAUAUGAAUUUUUUAA